GUGCCGGGUAGAUUUAAUCCCUCUAAUGGAGUAGCAAAUAUUAAUAAUGUAUUUAUAUACGAUGAAAAGUGUGCAUUAGGAAUAAAGGUUCUGAGCAGUGAAGAACAGGUAGAAGGUAUAGUGUUAGCAGAGGAUGAAAUAACCCGAAAUGGCACAGAAGAAACAGUUAGAGGAGAGAUCAUACAGCAUUUUAUUAUUCCGUCAAGCGAGUCCCACCGAUCGUUUUCUGGGUAUACAAAGCAGGAGUUUACUGCGCAUUUAAUAUUGUAA